GCUAUGUUAUUAAUGUGUUUUCUUUUAAUUUUCUUUUUUCAUAGUAGUAGAUUUUAUGUGAAUUUUGAACCCAAGAUGGCUCAGAAGAGGAGCUCAAGUGGGCGGUCAUUCCCAUUGCUGCUACUGAUUAUUGUUGUGGCCUUUGUUCAUUUAACUGUCUGUCCGUUUACAAAAGUGGAGGAAAGCUUUAACCUGCAAGCUAUCCAUGAUGUGGUGUACCAUCAACUGGACUUGGAUAAGUAUGACCAUCAUGAAUUUCCUGGAGUUGUUCCAAGAACGUUCCUUGGACCAAUUUUCAUUGCUGCACUUUCCAGCCCAGCUAUAUAUGUACUUUCUGUGCUAAGAAUGUCCAAGUUUUACUCUCAGCUGAUAGUCAGAGGAAGCUUGGGGCUCAGUGUGAUUUACACGUUAUGGAAGUUGCAGAAAGAAGUUAGAAAGCAGUUUGGAGCAACUACAUCAACAGUCUUCUGUCUCAUCACUGUGACUCAGUUUCAUUUGAUGUUUUACUGUACACGAACCCUCCCUAAUGUGUUUGCACUUCCUUUUGUGCUCUUGGCAUUGACGUUUUGGAUACAGCAAAAGCAAAGGCCGUUCAUUUGGUUCUCGGCUUUGGCAAUUAUAGUCUUCAGAUCAGAGCUCUGCAUAUUCUUAGGCUUCAUGCUCCUGGUGACGUUAUUAACUAAAAGAAUCUCCAUUUUCAAGGUGCUUUCCCAUGCUCUUCCUGCUGGAAUUUUUUGGUUGGGGCUAACAGUUGCUGUGGAUUCUCUGUUUUGGAAGCAACUUGUGUGGCCUGAGGGGAAAGUGCUCUGGUAUAACACAGUCUUAAACAAAAGUUCCAGCUGGGGAACAUCCCCCUUCUUGUGGUAUUUCUAUUCAGCCCUGCCUCGUGCUUUGGGAUGCAGCAUUGUAUUUGUACCUUUAGGUGUAUCAGAAAAGAGAACUCGGAUAUUACUUUUGCCAGCCCUGGGCUUUAUUUUCUUGUAUUCGUUUCUCCCGCACAAAGAGCUGCGUUUUAUCAUAUAUACUUUCCCUGUCUUCAACAUAGUGGCUGCUAAAAUGUGCUCACGAAUUCUGAAUAACUACCGGAAAUCCUGGCUGUACAAACUUGGAUCUUUCUUUGUUGUAAUGCAUCUUCUAGUCAAUGCUGCUUAUUCAGGAACAUCUUUAUAUGUUUCACAUUUUAAUUAUCCUGGAGGAGUGGCAAUUCAGAAGCUGCAUGAGUUGGUACCCUCAACAGCAGACGUCUCUGUUCAUAUUGAUGUGGCUGCAGCACAAACAGGAGUUUCUCGGUUUCUAGAAAUCAAUUCAGAUUGGAGGUAUGACAAAAGAGAAGAUGUUAAACCAGGAGACCAGUUGAUGUUUUCUUACACGCACAUACUGAUGGAAACGAACCCUCUUCAAAUAUCACAUUACAAGACAACCCACAGGCCACUGGCGAAUAUACCUGGCAUCAGUAAAAUUGGGUUGAACCUUACUACACUACCUCCUUUUACUUUAAACUUGAAACCAAAAUUAGUACUGUUGGAAAAACUUCCUCUAUCAUCUUGAUGUAAUUUUAGAUGUAAUUUUGCUGAUGACUGACUGAAUAAUCUAAGACAGCAGCAAAUUGUCAUUCCAGCACUGCAAUUCAGCUUCUGUGGAAAGGCACAGAAAAAUCUUUGUACCGAUUGGUAUUUAACUCCGUCCUGUUUCUUACAUAACUAUUACAAUGCAUUCCUAGACAGUAUAUACUCAAAUACUGAGUUGUAUUGUUAGAUAUGUUUGAGAGAGGCUACCUACAAGCUCAGUGGUAUUAAGUAAAACCUGUUGACUUGUUUUGGGUAGCUGUUUCAUAAUGUAGCACAGAUGUGUCCCAAUUGUCCUGUAUAAGAUAUAUAAUGGAACAGGUUUGUGCUAUGGCAAUAAUUUAAUAUGUAACCUAUGUGUGCAAAGAUGUAUUACUUGAUGUAUCUGCAGGAUUGUAAACUCAUCAGUUGUCAGAUUGCCCCUGUGAAACUUAAUGAUGUUAUCAACAUAGGAAAGCCAUAUGCAUUGUAGCUUCAUCACAAUAGCUAAUUGUGGCCCAUAGGCUACCAAACUAAUUAAAGUGAGAGAUUCACUUAAAAAGCAGUUGAACCUCUUGACAAGUACUAUCUCAUAAGAGAUUUAAGUGUUAAAGGAUGAUUAUCUUUAUUCCAGCAGUUCAUGAAUAAGCAGCAACUUGGAUUUCACAGGAAA